AUGGAUCCGAGCUACAAAGCUCGCAAGGAGGCAUUCGUGUCCAACCUUGCCGGAAGCACCAUUUGGGAAAUCAACACAGUCACCCUAGUUGCUUCAACAUCUGUCCUUCUCUGGUCAGCACUUCAAUCCCGGCUGUCAUUCUUCACGCCGUACGGUCCCGCCGCGAUCGCAGCCGACUUUAUCCUCAACGUACUAGCUAUCUUGUUCGCGACGACCGCAUACUCGUCCGCACCGCUCCUCCUCAAUAUCUUCCUCGUGUCCCCUGCCGUGCUUCUCUUCCUCACUCGACACACCCAGCGCACUCCCCAAAAAGCCAAGCCACCUCGCAAAUCCAAGGCCAAAGAUGAAUCCUCCGAAGACCAGUUGGCCCUGCCCGUCCACCCGUUCCUGACCACAUAUCGCGCCGCCAUGAUGAUCGUCACUUGUGUCGCGAUUCUGGCAGUCGACUUCCGUGCAUUCCCCCGUCGCUUCGCCAAGGUUGAGAACUGGGGAACCUCUUUGAUGGACCUCGGCGUUGGCUCGUUCGUGUUCUCUGCGGGAGUUGUCUCUGCGCGCGCAGUCCUGAAGGGCCGCAACUCGAAGACUCCAAAGGCUGCUUUGCACAAGAGAUUGAUUGGCUCUGCUCGGCACUCCAUCCCUCUGCUUGUGCUGGGGCUCAUUCGGCUGUGGAGCGUGAAGGGACUCGACUACGCCGAGCAUGUGACGGAGUAUGGCGUACACUGGAACUUCUUCUUCACACUUGGCUUCUUGCCUCCGUUUGUCGAGCUAUUUGACUCGCUGACGACCUUGAUCCCUUCAUACGAGGUGCUAGCGCUUUUGACGGCAGUCUUGUAUCAAGUUGCUUUGGAGUCGACUGAUCUCAAGCGCUACAUUCUCGUGGCACCCCGGGGACCAGACCUGCUGUCAAAGAACCGCGAGGGAGUCUUCUCUUUCAUCGGGUACUUUGCCAUCUUCCUCGCGGGACGCGGUGUUGGAAUCCGCAUCAUCCCCCGAGGCACUUCGGCGACUAAGACGCCACAGCAAGCACGCAAAUCCGUGUUGCAAAGCUUGAUUCUCCAGGGAUUGUUCUGGUCGACGAUCUUCUUCUUCAACUCCACCUAUGCAUUUGGCUACGGCGCCAACAUCCCCGUGUCGCGCCGGCUUGCCAAUAUGCCAUAUGUAUUGUGGGUUUCUGCAUUCAACAGUGUCCAACUCUUCUUGUUCUGCUUGACCGAGACUGUUUUCUUCCCGGCAGUCCAUCGCGCAACCACCAAGGAAAGUGAGGCGGAGCAAGCCAAAUUCGCGACCAGCCCGGUUCUCCACGCCUUCAACCGUGGAGGACUUGCACUCUUCCUGAUUGCCAACCUGCUGACUGGAGCGGUGAAUCUGAGCAUUCCAACCUUGGAUAUGAACACACCACAGGCCAUGGGCAUCUUGAUUGUCUAUGCGGCGGUCCUGACAGGUGCUGCCCUGGCCAUGGAUAAGUACAACAUCAAGUUGAGCUUGUAA